UGGUGACCUGUGAUUAUAUAGGAUGAAGAUAAUGAUCAUAAUGGUGAUGCAGGCUUACAUUGUUUAUAUGGGAUCGCUUCCUGAGGGGGAAUAUUUACUAACUUCUAACCAUCAUAGUAUACUUCAACAAGUUAUCAAGGACAGUUCUGUGGCGGAUUCCUUGAUCAGAAGUUACAAAAGGAGUUUCAAUGGAUUUGCUGCCAAGCUCACUGAUGAGGAGGCAAAAGAACUGGCCAGCAUGAAAGAAGUAGUCUCCAUUUUUCCUAACCGAAUUCUCCACCUUCAUACAACAAGAUCUUGGGAUUUUAUCGGUUUUAAUAAUACAGUUAGACACAAUCCUACCAUUGAGAGCAAUGUCAUUAUUGGUGUCAUUGACAGUGGAAUCUGGCCUGAGUCACCAAGCUUCAGUGAUGAAGGUUUUGGUCCAGCUCCUAAAAAAUGGAAGGGUGCUUGCAGAGGUGGCAGAAAUUUCACUUGUAACAACAAGAUUAUUGGCGCUCGGUUUUACCAGUCACCAUCAUCUUCAAAAGGGUCUGCAAGAGACGAGGUAGGUCAUGGAAGCCAUACUGCAUCUACAGCGGCCGGGAACGAGGUAAAGGAUGUUAGUUUCUUUGGACUUGCACAAGGUACUGCAAGAGGAGGGGUUCCCUCUGCAAGGAUUGCUGCAUAUAAGGUUUGUGGUCCAGAUGGCGGGUGUGCAUCAGUGGACAUCUUGGCAGCUUUUGAUGAUGCUAUUGCUGAUGGAGUUGAUAUUUUAACAGUGUCACUUGGAGCAAGUGAUUCGUUUGACUUUUUCAAUGACGUCAUAGCCAUCGGUUCUUUUCAUGCGAUGGAGAAAGGAAUACUUACCCUAAAUUCUGCAGGCAAUGAUGGUGCAGCAGGAGUACUUGGGGUGUCAAGUGUAGCACCAUGGAUGCUUGCUGUAGCAGCAAGUACCACAGAUCGCAAAUUCUUUAACAAGGUUGUUCUCGGGAAUGGAAAGACCUUAACUGGGUUUUCAGUUAAUUCCUUCACUUCCAAGGGAAAAAAGCUGCCUAUAGUAUAUGGACGUGAUGUUUCAAGAAACUGCUCUGAACUUUCUGCUGGGUUGUGUCUUGAAUCAUGUGUAGACAGUCAUCUAGUGAAAGGAAAGAUUACAAUGUGUGAUCAAUUUGUAGGCAAUUUUGUAGCUGCUAAUGCCGGUGCUGGAGGGUCAAUUGUGCUAAAUGACCAAUAUGAUAAUGUUUCUUUUGUUACGCCAUUACCUGCAGUUGCUUUAAACGUUAGAAACUAUAUUUUGGUCAAGUCCUACGUGAAUUCCACAAAGAAUCCUGUAGCAGAAAUAUUGAGUAGUGAAACCAUUAUAGAUUUGUAUUCUCCGGUGGUUGCUCAAUUCUCUUCACUUGGGCCAAAUUUUAUUGUGCCAGAUAUUCUCAAGCCAGAUAUAACUGCCCCAGGAGUCGACAUCUUAGCAGCAUAUUCACCAAUUGCUCUGCCCAGUGAGACACCUGGAGACAAAAGGCAACUCAAAUAUAAUGUAUUGUCUGGAACCUCGAUGUCUUGCCCUCAUGUCGCUGGUGUAGCCGCAUAUGUCAAAACAUUUCACUCCGAUUGGUCUCCUACAGCCAUCAAAUCUGCUCUCAUGACUACUGCUUGGCCAAUGGAUAGAUCCAAAAACCCAAGUGGUGAAAUUUCGUAUGGAUCUGGGCAUGUCAACCCGGUAAAAGCUAUUCAUCCUGGACUUGUAUAUGAAGCUUUCAAGGAAGAUUACAUAAAACUGAUGUGCAGCUUGGGAUACAGCCCAGAUAAUAUUAAACAAGUUUCAGGAGACAACAGCUCUUGCCCCAAAAGUUCUGAAAAUGUACCCCCUAGGGAUCUGAAUUAUCCUUCACUGACAGUCUCAGUUCUAGCUAACGAUUCUUUCACAGUUAGUUUUCAUAGAACAGUAAAAAAUGUUGGGCUUCCAAACUCCACUUACAAGGCAAAGGUCUCUCGAAACCCAAAACUGGAAGUUAAAGUGCUGCCUGAGGUUUUAUCCUUCAAGGCAUUGAAGGAGAAGAAAUCUUUUACUGUGACUGUUAAUGGUGGAGGUUUAAGAAAGGAGUCUAUGCUGUCUACAACAUUAAUCUGGUCGGAUGGAACUCAUAUUGUGAGGAGUCCAAUUGUUGUACAUACAUAUCCUAGUAUUAGAUCCAAUGUUCGAUACUUUGAUUAGAUUUCUUGUGGGC